AUGGCCAACUUUCUCGCCUCCAUCUUCGGCACGGAGCAGGACAAGGUCAACUGCUCCUUUUACUUCAAGAUUGGCGCGUGCCGGCACGGCGACCGGUGCUCGCGCAAGCACGUCAAGCCCUCGUACAGCCAGACGAUCCUGAUGCCCAACCUGUACCAGAACCCGGCCUACGACCAGAAGAAUGUCAACCGCAUGAACCCGUCGCAGCUGCAGAACCACUUUGACGCCUUUUACGAGGAUAUCUGGUGCGAGCUGUGCAAGUACGGCGAGCUGGAAGAGCUUGUUGUGUGUGACAAUAACAAUGAUCACCUCAUCGGCAAUGUCUAUGCUCGAUUCAAGUACGAAGACGCCUCGCAAAAGGCCUGCGACGAACUCAACGGUCGGUGGUACGCCGGCCGCCCCAUCUACUGCGAGCUGAGCCCCGUGACCGACUUUCGCGAGGCCUGCUGUCGCCUCAAUUCGGGCGAGGGCUGCAUGCGCGGCGGCUUCUGCAACUUUAUCCACCGCAAGAACCCCAGCGACGAGCUCGACCGCGACCUGACCCUGAGCACCAAAAAGUGGCUGCGCAGCCGCGGCCGCGACGAGAAGAGCGUGAGCCGCUCGCCCACGCCCGAGCCUACGAGGCGACGUUGGUAG